CAGGGUGUCGCCGCGGUGGCUCCAUUCGAAGGCGGCGGCGCUCGUCUCUCUGUGUUUCGGCUCUAAUCUCUCCGGAGGAAGUGAGGAAGGGAAAAAAGAAACAAGGGCCCGAGAAUCGUUUCGCACCGGCGGCGAGAAAAAAACAAAACACCCCAACGGUCCCCGUCCCCCCCACCACCACCACCAGCCCUCUCUCUCCCCCCCGGUGACAUCGGUCCUGCUGGAAGUGGUUCUGGGUUCGAGCGGCUGGAAUGACGGAGUGUGCCGAGAAUCUGAAUUAGAGAGAGAGAGAGAGAGAGAGAGAGAGAGAGAGAGAGAGAGGAGCCAUUUUGUCCCGACUGAGUGGGAGCAGCGGAGGAACAGUGGAAAAGAGGAAUCACACGGGAGGAGUGGUUGGGCUCUUUUUUUUUUUUCGCUUUCUGUUCUCAUGCUGUAAAGCGACCAGGAGAGCAGGGGGGGGGCAAACAGUCGGGGCCCUCGGGGAAUCGAACAUCUCGGGAACACGGACGCGUCUCUUUUCUUUCUGCUCGGGUGUUUUCAGAGCCAACUAGCCCGCCGAGCUAAUCAACAGAUCCCAGCCCGGUUAGCUGUGAACGGUCCGGAGGAGCGAAGGGAGCCGGCUGUAGACUCACACUCGGGCGUGUUAGGUUGCCAUUUUUUUAGUUUUUUGUUUGUUUGUUGUUGUUGUUGUUGUUGUAUCCACCCGGGUGAACACAAGCUAGUUCUCAAUGGCGAAGAAGACGUACGACUUGCUGUUCAAGCUGCUCCUGAUCGGGGACUCGGGCGUGGGGAAGACCUGCGUGCUGUUCCGCUUCUCCGACGACGCCUUCAACACAACCUUCAUCUCCACCAUAGGAAUAGACUUCAAGAUCAAAACUGUUGAAUUACAAGGAAAGAAGAUCAAACUACAGAUCUGGGACACAGCCGGUCAGGAACGGUUCCACACCAUCACCACCUCCUACUACAGAGGAGCCAUGGGCAUUAUGCUGGUCUACGACAUCACCAACGCCAAGAGCUUCGAAAACAUCAGCAAAUGGCUGCGCAACAUCGACGAGCAUGCAAAUGAGGACGUUGAAAGGAUGCUGCUAGGCAACAAGUGUGACAUGGAGGACAAGAGGGUCGUACCAAAAGCCAAGGGGGAGCAGAUUGCGAGGGAGCACGGCAUUAGGUUUUUUGAGACGAGCGCUAAGGCCAACGUCAGCAUCGAGAAGGCCUUCCUCACGUUAGCAGAAGACAUCCUCAGAAAGACGCCUGUAAAAGAGCCCAACAGUGAAAACGUCGACAUCAGCAGCGGAGGUGGAGUCACAGGCUGGAAGAGCAAGUGCUGCAGUUGAACAACUCCUCUGUUUCACGCACACUAACGCACACAGACACACACAGACAGACAGACACACACACACACUCUCUCUCCCUCUCUCUCCCUCUCUCUCUCCGUCUCUCUCUCUCUCCUCUUCUCUCUGUCUAACUGCUAACUCUAACUCUCUCGCCCUCUAACCUGUCUCAUGAGUUUUUCUUGCACACUGACACUCUGUCUCUUUUAUCAGAAUAAAACAAUAAACCACUUCACUUGUUAACCCCUCCACCCUUCCUCUUCCUCUUCCCUCCUCCUCCUCCUCCUCCUCCUCCUCCUCCUCCUCAUCCUCCACCCUCCCCCACCACCUCCCACCUCCAUGUUUUUCCAUCUGAUGCUCAUUUUUAUUUCUGAUAAAAAGAGAAAUCCAGUCACGUUUCUUGUCAUUUGUUUUAAAGGUUGUUAAAAAAAAAAAAAAAAAAGUGCGAACAGACAAGCUCAUGUUUUUAAUAUUUCCUUUGCCUGAGCUCACCUGGUCGGACCCCUCACCCCUCACCCCUCCACCUCCUCACCCCUCCACCCCUACCCCCCACCCCCUAACCCUCGUAACCCUCAGCACUCACCUUCAGUCAGAGGAAAUAAAAAAUACAAAAAAAAAAAAAAACUAAGACAAACGUAGGAUUAACAUUUUGUACAUUCAGUGAGGUUUCUGUUGUCUAACCAUAUUCGGUCAUUUACAAUUUGUUACCAAGUGACGGAGGCGUGGCCAGCUCCUUUUGUAUGUGGGGGUUUAUUUUGUCCUGUGCCUUAUAUGGAAGACAGGGGCGGGGCUGUGUGGUGGGCGGAGCCACAUCCACCCAAUGAAAUUACAGUUUAAUAUUCUGUCGGGUUCACGGAGACGCCGAACCGAAGCGGAAACGUUUGAAUUUCUCCUCCAGCCAAGAGAACGGCAUUAUACAGUAUAUGUCCUGUUUAUUGAUGUUUUAUUUUUGUCUGUAUGAUUUAUUUUACUUUUAUUUUCUUCCCCUUAUUUGGGUUGAAUUGUUUUUUUUUUUUCCUGCAUGCAGAUUUCUUUGGGUUGGAAGCGUUUCUGUAACGUUGUGUAACGUUUGCCACUGGGUAACUGUGGGGGGGGAGGUACACAAGUUCUCUUUGGAAAUUCAGACAAUUUUGCAGAUCCAUUAAAAAUAAGCUUGUUUAAGUUAA